AUGCCUAAAAUCUCAGCUGAUUAUCAAGAAGUAUCUCACUUGUACCACAAGCGUACAAACCUUUCGAGAGCGGAAAACAAUAAUCGCAAUUUUCCGCGCACGUACUUGACCAAGCCACCUGCACCCCCGUCAUAUCCCAUAUCUGGCACAAAUCCUUAUUUCACAAACACAAAGUCCGAUCCAUAUUCUGCUACAGAUACAAGAGUCGUUGCAAGACCAUUAUACAAGAUACGUCAAGCAUCUUCACAAGGGAAUGGUUUAUACUCAACUCAAUCGAUACCGAAAGGUAAAUUGAUAUUGAAGGAAUCACCUUUUCUAGUUUUGCCAUUAUAUAACAAUGGUGAGAAUCCACCUAAAGAACUUUAUCACAAAGCUUAUCAUCGGUUGUCUCCUGAAUACAAGACUUUGUUCUGGAGUUUGUAUCAAAGAAAAGAUGAUGAUUCUGAAAAAAGUCAAAGUAUGAAUGUCAUUAACACAAACUCGAUCCCCUUUUCACGUCGACAUGAAUAUGAUGAAAUGGAAGAAAAGGUCAAUUCCUUAGGUUUAUUCAGGACCCUUUCAAGAAUAAAUCAUUGUUGUCGACCUAAUGCUGGUUGGUAUUGGUAUCAAGAAGAUAAUCAGAUGAGAUUAUACGCAUAUACCGAUAUAACCCCAAAUGAACAGAUCACAGUCUCUUAUUUAUCGCAUGACGAUCUUUUACUUCCUUCAAUAAAGCGCAGGAAAGCAUUAUUGGAUGGAUUCGGAUUUGAAUGUACAUGUUCAGCUUGUAACCUUGCUUGGUCUGCCCCUUUGCCUCAAAGUGAAUGGAAUAUAAGGAAAUAUCAAUUUUAUAGAUCUAAAUGGACAAAUCAACAUAUCUUGGAUUACGCAGCAAAUUUCAGUCAAUCUUUAGCUCAACUCGGGACAUCUUUGGACAUACUAUCUUCGGAAAGAUUGUUUGAUCAGAUGGGAGAGGUGUAUGAAAAGAUCUAUGAAGUCUAUGCGGUUCAUGGGAUAUUUCACAAGGCUAAGGCAGCCGCUAGAGAUCUACUCCAACACUACAAAGUUGUUAUGGGUUUUAGAGAAGCCAAUAAGACCUGGGUCGCAAGUCAAGCUAAUGACCCCACCAAGUACCCUUUGUGGGCCAAACUAGCUAAAGCAUCAAGCCGGCAAGGGCGAAGAAAGAGAUAA